AUGGGCAAGUUGAAGAGAGACAGGCAAUUUUUACGCUCACAAGCAACAAGAUUGAGGAACGAUAUCGACGAGAAAUUGGGAGCUGCCGGUACAACCGCGCAAGAUAUUGCUAUACUAAGAGAGAAGCUCCAAGAUAUUUCCAGAGAUUUGAAGGCUGUUGACAGCGAGCUCAAGGAUAAAUUCUCUGACGAAGAAUAUGAACGCGAGAUGACUGCCACGACCGAAUACCGCCAUCAGAUGUUGGAGACCAUCACUCGCAUAGAUCUGCGCUCCCAAGAAGUUUCGACGGGCGCGUCGACUUCGGUGGCUUUGAACCCCAGCCCUCUUCCAGCUGCUUCUGUCCAUAGGGACAAUAAGAUAAAGCUGCCAAAAUUAGAGCUCCCGAAGUUUCAUGGCGCCAUAGACGCAUGGCUUCCUUUCUGGACACGUUAUGAAGUUGCCGUACACCACAACAUCGCGCUUACCGCCACUGAGAAGUUCUGUUACUUGAGGUCUCUGUUAACUGGGAACGCCGCUGAUCUCAUCCGUGGAUUAAAUUUGAAUGAGGGCUGCUAUAACGAGGCAAUUGAACUUCUCAAGAAGGAAUAUGGAUCAUCCACACGCAUAGCUGAUGAGCACAUAAGGAAGCUGACACACAUGGUCCCAGUCACGGAUCCUGCAGAUAUUUCGAAACUGCGGCAAUUCUAUAAUGAAAUUCAAUCCCGGGCACGAAGCCUUCAGGUUUUGGGCAUAUCAACCGAUGCCUACAGCGCACUACUUAGACCCAUCAUUUUAAGCAAGACGUCAGGAAGACGUCAGGACGUCAGGAACACGUCAGGAACAUCAGAACGUCAGAAGUUCGUCAGGAGAGGACGUCAGGAACACAUAGAAUGA